GAAAGUGGAUGAGGGCGGAGGAAAUUACAAAAUGUAACCGUGGACAGUGAGCCGGUGGCGGUGUAACGUCUGUAGCAGAGCUGAGCCUGUAGCCUGCUAACACUAGCAGCUCUUGGUGUUUAUAGAGGAGGAGAGCUCUAAUGGGAGCCAGAAGAGGAGGUUCAGGACACGCUGGAGCUGUUGAGGAGCAACAGAGAUGAGCUGUGGAUGUGAAGGGAACACUAGCAACUGUUAGCUAGCUGGUCAGCUAGCCGGCUGUCAGGACUGCAGCUCGAUGUCAGCUUUGUUUCCUUUGACGGUGCAAGCCGUACCGACUGGUUCACUACGACAUGUGAGAGGAUGAUGGCUGAAGGGUAAUUUCCAAGGAGUCUCAUUCCCUCAACCCAAAGUGACCCCACUCUACCCUUUUUUAUUUUCAUCUGUACUAUUGCAACCUCCCCUUGUUUCGACGUUGUGUGUCCUGUCUCAACUCAUUUCCCUGUCUGUAUGGGAUUAUAAGGAAUGCAUGCAUUCCACUGAAGGAACAUGUGAAUCAAUUAUAAAUUGUACAAUUGCCCUCUUGACACCCUCCUGACCAAAAGACGGGAUGACUCAAAUUUGACAGAAUUACAAUGUGAUUGGAUAUAAACUCCCUGCCCAUCUGAGGUUUCCACCUCAGUCUGUAGGAUUCCCACUCUGAUUCCAACACUUGUUCCCUACCUGCAGCCUUUUCCACAACCCUAUCCCUUUCUAGUGUCAUUGGGCCAUGGUUCGCAAAAAAGGCUCUCUUAUACUAUGCGGUGCUUUCCUGUUUGUCGCUUGGAAUGCUUUGCUUCUACUAUAUCUUUGGGGUCGUCCUCCUAUCGGUCGCCUAGGAGAAGGUGGUGGAGCCGAACCAGGAGGAAAGGAGGAGUGGGGCAAGGGCAGAGGGAAAGGAGGCCAGAUCAACCUAGCCAAGGAGGUAAUCAAGCUGGCAGAGGAGGUUGAAAUUCAGCUUGAGACCCAGAAAAAGCUAUUGAAGCAGAUUGAAAGUCACAGGGCAGUGUGGGCUCGGCAAAAAGAUGUUGGAAAAAGAGAAACGGAGGAUACAAAAGAAAUCAAACAAGAGGUUGUCCACCAAGCACUGAAACCUCCACUUCCUCCAAAAGACAGAGUGGAUGAUGGAGACCAAACUCAAGUAAAACAUUCACAGAAGCCUGUUCAUACAGUAACUUCAGACCCCAAAUUAGAACAGCACCAGGCCAUUGAAAUAAAGGAAGAAAAAGUGGAGGACAAUCGAUUGCCGACUUCUGCUGCCAGCCCAGAAGUUGUCAUUCCCGUUCUUGUGAUCGCUUGUGAUAGAGUAACAGUUAAACGUAGUCUGGACAGACUGAUACAGUACCGCCCUUCUCCACAACUGUUUCCAAUCAUUGUCAGCCAGGACUGUGGCCACAGCGAGACAGCUCGCGUUAUUGCUUCAUAUGGAGAUCAAGUGACGCACAUAAGCCAACCAGACCUGUCAGACAUCAGAGUACGGCCAGAGCACAGGAAGUUCCAGGGUUACUACAAAAUUGCCCGACAUUACCACUGGGCACUCAACCAAGUGUUUAACACUUUCUCCCAGUCUACUGUGGUCAUAGUGGAGGAUGACCUCGAGGUGGCCCCGGACUUCUUUGAGUAUUUCCGAGCCCUGUACCCAAUCCUGCGUGCUGACCCCACACUGUGGUGUGUUUCUGCAUGGAACGAUAAUGGAAGAGAUGCCUUGGUGGAUCCAUCCAAAUCCGAGCUCCUCUACAGAACGGACUUCUUUCCUGGUCUGGGCUGGAUGCUGCUGAAGGAGAUGUGGGAUGAACUGGAACCCAAAUGGCCCUCAGCUUUCUGGGACGACUGGAUGCGUCAACCUGAGCAGCGUAAAGACCGCUCCUGCAUCCGGCCCGAAGUCUCCCGGACUAUCACUUUUGGCCGGAAAGGCGUCAGUUUAGGUCAAUUCUUUGACCAGUACCUUCGCUAUAUUAAGCUUAACACUGAAUUUGUGCCUUUUACCAAACAGGAUUUGUCUUACUUGCUAAAAGAGAAGUAUGAUGAAAAGUUUAUUAAAGAGGUUUACAGUGCCCCACAGGUGAAGAUUGAGGACCUGCAACAAGGGGGCAACCUAAGAGGCCCUGGACCGUACAGGGUGCAGUACUCAAGCCGGGACAGUUUUAAAGUCUUUGCUCGAAAUCUGGGAGUGAUGGACGACUUGAAAUCUGGAGUUCCUCGUACAGGUUACAGGGGCGUUGUCAAUUUCCUGUACCGGGGUCGGAGGGUAUUCUUGGCUCCACCAGAGGGCUGGACGCAGUAUGACGUCAGCUGGAGCUGAGAGACUGAUCCUGACUGUACAAUGUGAAUGGUGUUGAGGAGGGGAGAAAGCCUUACUCAGAGGAACACCCUCUCAGACCAAAGAAUAUAAGCAGACGCAAUGGUUAAUGAAGGAAUUAAAGCAGCACAGACGGCGCUGCACAUGGUUGGAGCGGGGAGUUCAAGUGUUGACCCUGUCCUCUUUGUUAGGGAAGCUUGCUCGUUCAGCGUCAGCAAGUUCAACCGCCACAAAAACUUUUAGGAAAAGAAGAUUCCACCCUUAAACACUGUUUCAAAAACAGCUAAUGGCAAUGUGCCUUGCUUUCUGGGCCCAUUUUGUUUUGUGUAUUUUCUAUUUCAGUUAAUAACAGGCCAAAUGUAGACUGACCAUCACAUUCAGAUGUUUGCAGCGGCUGUAACUGAAUUUGGUAGCAGAGAAUCAUUUGAAAUGUCAACAGAAAGGGGAAUGUUUCAGUAUUGGUAUUUAUAAUACACUGUAGGCCAAACACAAGUGAUCAUCUGUAGAAGUUGGGAGAAAACAGUGUUAUGUAUAAAAACCUUGGGCUUUUUUCUACAUUGAAGGUUUUGUUGUUUUGUUUUGUUUUUUUAAAGAAAAUGAUUAAAUGGAUCGGACUCUUCAAAUCAUGUUACUGUUUAAGUCUAUAAACUAAUCAGAAGCAGAGUUUUGUGCAAGGAACAUGAAAAUCUUCUACAAUGUUGUAGAUGAUAAACAAAGGUCCUAUCGAGUGCUGAUCGUUAUUAUUUGAAGUCGCAUGGUUAACAUGAAAGAUAAAAGGCUUCUUCAGAAAUGAUUCACAAUGAAGGAAAUGGAAGCAAAGACAUUUACAGUAGCCCUGAUCCAGGACCAACAAGCUCCAUAUCACUGUCCUGCUGUCUCCUGGAACUUUGAGUGGCUCAGAAAAUCCUUCCAAAUUUAAAAAAUCCAGAUUGUAGGACACCUACGUAUAAACUGGGGGUGCAAAAUAACCAGAAACAGGAUUUUUGCCGAGUAAUGAAGGAUUCUUUUUUUCACCCAUCUCCAGAGUUCUAAAAACUGUUUUAAUUGGAGACAUUGCUGCAAUAUGGCUUCCAAAAAGAGACAAAAAUAAACAUUUUAUGUACAUACAGCCUUUCUAGACCAAAGGAAUCAAAUAGCUGAAGACUUAAUUUCAUUGACUUGUCUGAGUUCCAGUAAAUAACAGCAGGAUGUGAUAUGUUAUAAGACAGUCCUGAAUCAGGGCUACAAUUAGAGUAGCUUAUAUAAUAUAAUAAUGAUGUUAUGUGAUCUUGGUGUCUAAAAGGAAAUUGUUAAUGUGAAGGAUGAAAUUGUUAUGAGGCUAUUUUUAAAUGAUUUAACUGUCUUGAACUUUAAGUUCUAACAAGGUUGCCAAGCUGAAAAUGAGCAUCAUUGAUUCUGACAUUUUACUGAUGAUCACCCUGAAGUUGUAAUUAAAUGCCAUCCAAGCCAUGGUAUGGUCAGCUUAGGUUUGUUGAAAAACCACUGAUUGACAGAUUGUAUUUGUCUGUGUAAUGGCUGGAGAAAUGAUUAUCACUGUACUGUAUUUAGCUUUGGAAGAUUAUCCACAAGAUUGACUGGUUCCCAUGUCUGUAUGGUGAUGUGUAAAACCACUGCCUGAUGUGUUUAUAACUUUAAUACAGUAUAAAUAAAAUCAACUAUUUUGAUAUUUGCGCUCAUGCAGAAGGAGUACCUCUUUAAUUACCAGCAGUCUUUCAGUUGUAUAAUCUGGAGUACUAACUCAUCAAGGCAUUUUAAUUGGUUAAUUGUGAAUUUGGAGGUGACUAAUGAAAAACCUCUCGUGCAAUGUUGAUCAUUCUAUCAGAAAUCCAUCACUUUCUGUCCUCCCCUUUCCAUCUGAAUAUGUUUUCCUACAUGUUAACCUGGUUUGUAACUUGUUCCCAUGGUCUCAGCACAGAUGAUCUUUGAU